GUCUACAAGUUUAUUGAAGGAGAAAGGAAGAGAAGAAAUCAAGGUGCAAUGUGGAAAUACAAUGUUGCAAUGUUGUUGCUUUGGGUGUUCACAUUGUGUAUCAUACUUGAAUUGAAAGUUGAAGCAAAAGCAUCAUCACAUUUUGAAAGAGAAAUCGAAGCCAAAUUAAAGCUCCUCAAUAAGCCUGCAGUGAAAUCCAUUAGGAGUGAAAAUGGAGAUAUUAUUGAUUGUAUCAACAUCUACAAACAACCAGCUUUUGACCAUCCAGCAUUAAAAAAUCACACUAUUCAGAGAGUACCUGAUUUUCUUCUUAAAUCCGAAAGUCCAAGCAGGGAAAAUAGUUUGAACGCAAGCAGUGAUGUGUUUCAAACAUGGCAAAAAAGUGGAAGUUGUCCGGAAGGAACUGUCCCUAUUAGGAGAAUUCUUAAGGAAGAUUUGUUGAGAGUUUCUUCACUUGAUCGCUUUGGACAAAAACCCAUUGAACCAUUUUUCAAUUCAACAACCACAAACUUAAACUUCUCUAGCCUUGAUGCCGAUGCUAGUUAUUUCAAUAAUCGCUCGGAUGCACAUCUUGUGACAUUAGGAUACAAUUAUAUAGGCGCAACGGCAAAUAUUAAUGUAUGGAAUCCAAAGGUUGAACGGCCAGAAGAUUUCACUACUGCUCAAAUAUGGCUUAAGACUGGCAAUGGUCGUGAGUUUGAAAGCAUCGAAGCUGGCUGGGUGGUUAAUCCAAAAUUAUACGGUGAUACAGAUACUCGUUUGUUCGCCUAUUGGACCAAAGAUUCAUACAAGACUACAGGAUGUUUUGAUGUUACUUGUCAAGGUUUUGUGCAAAUAAGCUCAGAAAUGGCGCUUGGUAGUACCUUACAACCUUAUUCAGCUCCGUUUAACCAACAAUACGAAAUUAAUGUUGGAAUAUUUAUGGAUAAUGGUGGAAACUGGUGGCUUAGAGUGAAGGAUAGAAUAAUGGUAGGUUAUUGGCCAGCAGAAUUAUUGGGUAAUUUAAGACAUAGUGCGACAUUAGUUCAAUGGGGUGGACAAGUGUUUAGUUAUGCGGUGAAAACAGAUCCUCCUCACACUGGAACACAAAUGGGUAGUGGAGAUGAAGCAAAUGGUCGAUUUGGAUUUGCAUGCUACAUGACUAAUGUCAGAAUUAAAGAUUAUUCAAAAUCUCUCAAGUACCCAGAAUAUGUACAUACAUAUGCUGCAGAACCAUAUUGUUACAAUGCUCUCAAUGAUGUUCAAUAUGGAAAAGACCCUGUACUCUAUUUCGGUGGGCCCGGGAGACAUCCUCCUUAUUGUCUUUGAACUCUCAUCUUUAAAUACUUGGAGAAUAGAGUAGAGUAUUAUUCCCUCCAUUAGGCAUGAGAAAACUCGUAUAAAAAGUAAAAAUGCAUUUUAGAUUUUUUAGAUUUUAGAGAAGUGUAUCACAUGUUUCUGUUGAAUAAAAAUGCACUAGAGAUACUUGUUAA